AUGAACCAGGAUACGAGCAUGAACAAGGAUACGAGCAUGAACGAGGAUACGAGCGUGAACGAGGAUACGAGCGUGAACGAGGAUAAGAAAUCAGGCAUGGCAGAAUUAUACGUGCUACCAGGCUCUUCAAAUCCCGACAUUGAAGAAAAGCUCCUCAAGGCGAGGCAGUCGCGGAGGGAGCGCUUGAAGGCGCGUAUGGAGGAGGUUGCCAGAAGUUCUCGACCAGCAGGCCUGGCGAUCGAAGUCAACGAGGACGAGACUGAUCAAGCACAGGCUCUCGAACUGGUAUCUCCCGCUAGGCCAGCACAGGCCCUUGAUCUGGUAUCUCCUGCUAGACCAGCACAGGCUGAAUGGGCUGUGACAGAAGUUAGUCCAGCCAUUCGAUCUCAUACACAUCCUGAACUGAGCAAUGCUGGGGAAGUGCAGGCGAACAGGUCUCCUGCUGUUCACAAGGUUAACACAGACGCGCUCGCGAGAGAGAUAGCUAGCUUCCGGAAGAGCGCUGAACAGACCCGAUCCCAACAGAGGCAAAGCUCAAGGCGGGAGAAGCAAGGAGAGGACGAUGAAGCGCAGGAUGAAAUUCACUCUUCUGACGACCCUGCUGCAAGGAAAAUGAAAGACGAGGAGGAAAAUGAUAUUUCUAUCAAGGAUCCAGGACAAGCUCCCCAUGUAGAUGGUGCAGGAGGGGAUGAUCGAAAGGAUUCAGACAUCAAUCAGAGUGUCCUGGGAGUGAACCUUGACUGGUUGAAGAGUCUGCACAGAAGGCUGGCACCUAGUGUUGUGUUACUGCGUCAAGCCAAGAUCAAAGUGAUCGACGGUGAUGUGAGCACCUGGAAGGUGAUUGCUGAAGUCGGGGAGCUGCUGAACAACAUCAACAACUACGUUCAAGGAGCUGCUGAGUCCGUGCAGGACAAGCUGACUUUGUGGCAGUCCUGCGCCUCGAAAGACAACUUGGUCCAAAGUUCGUCGGGGGAGAGAGGAAGCAGAGUUGAACAACUGAAGCAGCAAAUGUCCCUCCUGCAGCAGAAGUGCGAUGAGCUGACCAACGCUAAGUCAGAACUAGAAUUGAAGCUUGAGCAGACAGAAGGUCGACCUGGGAUGGAUUUCAAGACUGCCUUCUCUGGCAAAACAGACAAGACGAGACGACAGCUAGAGAUGGAUGCGGCAAAGUCUGCCGUCCGUCUAGCGAAGGCGAUCUCGGAGAAGAAGAGGAUCGAAGACGAACACAACGAGUUUGUGCAGAAGAUGGAUGAAAACUACAACAGACUGCAUCAAGUCCUUUUAGAAAGCUUUCAGACAGCAGACGGGAAGAAAGAGCUGAUAGACCGUGCCAUUUCCUCCAGCACUGAACAAGCCAAACAUGGAAAUUUGUCGUGGGAACUGAAGUGGACCAAUCUGUUGAGUGUCAUUCCUAAGCUUCUUGACAACGAAGAUAAAACAAAGGCUGAAAGGAUAAAGAUAGAUCAAGAUCGUGAAGCUGAAAUCUUCAAAUUGAAAGCUGAGGUUGAUGCCCUGCAGAAAGAAUUGAACAAGACAAGGAGAUGCCUGUCAGAGGAGCAAGCCAACGUGCUAAUACACAGGAAACAGCACGAGGAAUGGAAGAAGAAAGCUGAGAAUCCUGAAGCCGAGGCCAAACUCCUCCGCUUACAAGAGGAGCUCAAGAAUGCUGAGGCACUUGUCAAGUCGAAAUCCGAGAAUGAGAUUCGAUUGCAGAACGAGGUAAUCGACUUGACUGGAAGACUUCAAAGUGCGGAAAAACUCGCCAAAAGCCGCGCGAAGUCGAAUGACACCGAGAUGGCGAAACGUGCGCUGGAGUCUGCCAUGGAGGAUCUGGACCGGGCUCACGUAGAGAAUACCUCGUUGAUGAAGGAAUCAAAGAAGUACAAGGCCGAGUCCACGGCGAAUCUCUCGCGGUACUUCGUUGAAGCGAUCUCUGCACAACUCGACUGCGAGAGGAAAGCGAUGGUGCAGCAAGUGAUGCACAUGCAGGCCCAGGUCGACGACGUCAUGGCCAAGAUGGAGCCCGUGAUUUCAGACCUCGAGAGGCUGCGUGACAACAUCCAGAGAGAGCUCGUGAUGGCGACGAGCGACGAGAGGAUGGAGCACGUCUCUGCCCUGAGCUUCGAGGUCGAGACGUUGAGGCAGCAGCACAAGGAGUCGCUGCUGCUGCUGCGCAAGUACGAGAAGACCAUCAAGAUUUUAGCGCAGAGAGCGCAAGUGAGGAAGGAGCAAGGAGGAGGAUCGGAGAGCCUUGCCGACUUGCUUCCUGUCAUGGAAUCCCUGUGUGAAGGAGCUGGUGGACUGAAGGAGCCUUGCUAG